AUGUGCAAUACCGGAACGACGGCGCUAUUUUUCGCAGCCCAAGGCGGUUACGUCGAUGUCGCUAGGAUACUACUGAAAGCCGGUGCACCGGUAGACUGCUCUUCGGUGGAUCAUGCAACACCGCUCUUCAUAGCGGCUCAAAACGGACAUAACGCAGUUCUGAAACUGCUGUUGGCGGCCGGAGCCCAUCCGGACACGGCCCGAAACGAUGGUGCCACCCCGCUGUGGAUCGCUUCGCAGAUGGGCCACGAUCAUGUUGUCAAAAUGCUGCUGCUGCACGGUGCUUACGUGGAUGCUGUUCGAUGUGAUGGUGCAACGGCACUCUUCAAGGCCGCCCACAAAGGCCACAGUUCGGUAGUGCACGAACUGCUCAAGUAUCGCCCGAACUUGGGCAUCAUUCCGAAUGGGGAAUCUGCCCUGCACGCAGCUGCCCUGUUUGGUCAUCUUCCGGUGGUGAAACAGCUGAUCGGUGCCGGAGCGGAUGUUUCCCUGAAGAACCAGGAUGGUCAGACACCGCUGCAGAUCUCCCGGCAGCAGAAGUAUCACGCCGUCUAUCAGUAUCUGAAGGACCGCGAACACUAUCUGCGCCAUCAAAGUGCCUCGGUCGGUGGCAAGAAUCUGGUGUCGGCCAACGCCGCAGCAUCGGCAGCCGCGACGGUCGUUAUCAGCAGCUAG